AUGGGUGUAUUUGACGUUGUUCCAUCAGGUGUAUUAACCGGUGAUUCUGUUAUGAAAUUGUUUUCAUAUGCAAAAGAACAUCACUUUGCUAUUCCAUCUUUUAAUGUAACAUCUUCAUCGGCUAUAAAUGCAGUUCUUGAAGCUGCUCGGGAUACAAAAUCUCCUGUUAUAAUACAAAUUUCACAAGGUGGAGCUCAAUUUUAUGCUGGUAAAGGUCUUAGUAAUGAUGGUCAAGCAGCAAGUAUAUUAGGAGCUGUUGCUGCAGCACAUCAUGUACGACAUGUUGCUAAAACAUAUGGAGUACCUGUUAUUCUUCAUAGUGAUCAUUGUGCCAAAAAAUUAGAACCAUGUAAUACUUCUACCAUGAAUAAUUGUAAAUAUUUGAAAGAUUUUUUUCCAAUUAAGCCGAAAGACAAUGUUCGAUAUAAUAGAGUACGUGUUGAUAAUGCAGCACUUUAUACUCAACCAGAAGAUAUAUGGGAUAUAUAUAGAGAACUUUCAUCAAUAGCUCCUCAUUUUUCAAUAGCUGCUGCUUUUGGUAAUGUUCAUGGUGUUUAUAAACCAGGAAAUGUUAGACUUCAUCCAGAAUUACUUGCUAAACAUCAAGGUUAUGUUAAAAAUAAAUUAAAUACAAAUGAUAAUCAUCCUGUAUUUCUUGUUUUUCAUGGUGGUUCAGGUUCAACAAAAGAUGAAAUAAAAACAGCUGUUCAAAAUGGUGUUGUUAAAAUGAAUAUUGAUACAGAUACACAAUAUGCUUAUUGGGAAGGUGUUUUAAAAUAUUAUAAAAAAAAUGAAGGUCGACUUCAAGGUGUACUUGAUGCUGAAGAAAAACCAAAUAAAAAAUAUUAUGAUCCUCGUGUAUGGUUACGUGAAGCUGAAUUAUCAAUGAAAAAACGAGUUCAAGAAGCAUUCAAUGAUCUUGGUAGUGCCAAUACAUUGUAA